AUGUUUAGUAUAGUACUAACUAAAGAGGGCUCGUCCCACCUUAUAUCGGUUGUGCCUAGUACAUGGGUACUGGGGAACAACAAAGAUACUAUCCUGUUUUGGCCAAGGACGAGAAAAAACAGCGACCUUGAACUAUUAAGGAGAGAUGAAAAUAGUGUACCUUCAGAGAAUUGGAGAAAAUUAAAAUGUGUCGUGAAACUACAAGGCAUAGCUACUUUUGCUGAAGGAAUUAAAUUAGAGGAACUGUAUUCAAAUUUUGAGGAUACUGAAGAUGAGGAGAGAUACCAUAAAAAUCGUGAAAACAAAAGAAAACAUCCGGCUGAAAAGUCAAUUGUGGAAGAUUUACAAAAUUAUAAUAUUGAUUUUGAAAUGAUGGACAAUAAAGAAACUAAAAAAGAUAAUGAUAAUGUUACAAUGAACGAUAUGAACAAAACAACUAUGAAUGAAUACAACUCAAAUAUAUAUUUCAAUCACGCCAGUACCAGUUAUAACACUAUUGAUGAUACCGUAGCGAUUGAAACUGGUGCUUCAAAAAUAAUAGCAACGAAUGAGAAUUUAACAACAAUACCCGAAACUGAGAGUCAGACUGGUGAAACUUUAAUCAGUUUGAGGUUGAUUGAAUUCAAUCAAAUCAUAACAGAAAACAGUGGGCUACAAGCAGAAAACAAAAUUCUCAAAGAAUCUAAUCUAAAGUUCCAAAAUCUUAAAGAAGAAACUGACAGAGGCUUUAAGGCAUUACAAGUACAACUGGACAAAUUAUAUGAUAUUCUGAAACAUAAACAAUUUUAUAUUGAUACUAUUAGUACUGCUGGUACUUCCGUAUCAACAAAUUUUGAUGAGGAAAUAGCUCAGAGGAACAUUCAAUUUCCAAUUAAUUCUAUAAAAAACUUAGAAUUACUAGAAGAUCAACUCAUUGACACGAAUUUCGAAAAAGUUUUGGUCAAAAAAUUUUCUAGAAUAUGCGGUACGAGUGGAAUGUUAAAAAUAUCAAAGAUUGGGUUACAGUUAACAAGAUGUUUAUUCACCGACGAACUCCUUAACCAGUUAACCUGGAAAGGAAUUAAAGGCUGUACUAAAGUACCCUUUAUGAACUUCAUCAAAACAAGAAAUCUGUUUUUUAAAAUUAUACAUUUGGCUGAUAAGUGUUGCUCUGCAAAGGAUUCUGACGUAUUUUUGCAGAACAGUGCGAUAAAACAUAGUGGCCAGCGCAUGAAGCGAAAUUCCUCUGCAAUGAAAAUAAUCAACCCAAAAAAAAACAAAAUUGAAAUUGAAAAGAAGACUUCUACUGAGAAUGAGGAUCCUUCAUCAAACAAUUUAGAAACUAUAAUAAUAAAUACUCCAGAUAAAGAAAUUCAUGAAGAAGAGGCAAAUGAAUUAUUGCGGGAUGGGUUUCGUGGGCUAGAUGAUAAGGAAAACAAAAUCGAUGAUACGCCAGACACAAAAAAUCGUUCUAUUAAAGCACCGAAAACAGUGACAGUACUCUCUGAUGUAAAAAUAAGCAACAAGACGACCGAUUCAAAACAUGAGACUAAAAUGAUGAAUGUAAGUUCUUACGAUCUACGUCAAGUUUUCGAACAAAAUGAGGAGUGCAACAAAAUUACGAACAGUGAUUAA